AUGUAUUCAGAAAGUAGUCCACCGUUACCCUGGGAUACAGAAAAUAAUUAUACUCGUGAAGAAAUUGAACUUUACUAUGAGGCAGGUUCUGGGGUUUAUCUUCCAGAGACUAAAGUUCUUCAAUAUCUGCUAGAAGGGACAGCUGGUGCUAAUAUCGAGUGUGAAAAAGAAGAGAAGGAUACAAGUGAGCAUGGCUUUUCAAGAGGAGACGCCAUUACUAAGUGGGUCAAAGUGCACGAAACGAGAAAGCUUCUUGACGUGAUUCAAGAACCUGGCUUCAUCAUCUCAGAAAUCCCAGUUUUCUACGUCGUUUCAAAGCGCUCCAGCUUCUAUGAAAAGUUCAAAGCUGGAAAAUGGAGACUUCCCUGA